AUGUCAUCUUCGACAACAACUUUUGAAAACUUCCCUGCCGUCACUACUACUACCACUUCGACUGAUUGCAUUGAUGAGGGUGAAUUUUUGACUAAACCUAAUACUAUCUCUCAUUCUCACUCUCAACAACAGGAAUUUGACGCUUUUUCUAACAAUAAUACUGAAGUGGAACAUCAACAGCAACGACAGAUUAAAACAGAAAUUCUUAAUUUACAUUAUCAUUAUGGAUUUCUAUUAUUUCAUAUUCCAAAAACUUUUUAG